UGUGGUUCAGUUCAGUCAGAGGGAGAGAGUGAGGGGGGAGGAAGGACGCAGAAUGGCGACCGUGCAGUGCCACAAAUGCACGGUAGAAAAGAGAGGGUUUCGGCGGGAACUUGAUUCUUGGCGACAUAAAUUGAUACACUGCAUUGGGUUUGAAAGCAUCCUAGAAGGCAUCUAUGGCCCAAUGCUGCUGAGGGACCUCAAUGUAUUUGAUGACUGUGAACCCGAAGAAGUGGAAGAUUGGUCCCCAGAGUCAAGCUGCUCUCAGUGUUCAUUCUGCAACCUUCCACUGGACAAACUCAGUGAUCAAGUACCCGCAGCCACGUCGCCUCUCUCCUCCCCCUCUGAUUACUCUCCCUGUCAGGCUCCAAGCGUCUCUGAGAGCAGCCAGUCAGCUCACAGGUUUCUUCAAGCUGUGUUUAACAAGAAAGAUGCUCCCCUGGGCUGCGAGUCCACCAUCCCUCUGGUUGCUCAGGAGCUGAUGAAGAAAAUGAUACAUCAGUUUGCCAUGGAUUAUGCAUCCAAGUGUCUACAACACACCAGUACAAAUGGUGUCAGAACAAGGACACCCUCACCUUUGUCAGAAACGUCAGAUGCCCCUCUGGACCUCACAGUGAGCCGAACUCAAGAGGAGAGAGAGAGUGAACAUGAACUAGAUGGCGUGCUCGACCUCUCAAACAGGAACUCUGCCAGCUCAGCAACUUCAUCAUCAUCAUCUAAUAACAAAACCUCUGGCUCCUUGCUACCAUCAUUUAAAGGACAUCGGGGACUGCAAAGGAAUAAGUUUCGUCAGAUAUCAGCGUUGGAUGCUGUUGUCCGGGCACUUUGCCCUGCACACCGUUCCUUACUCUACCAGAUGUUGAAGCAGGCACAACAGGAAAAUUUGCUGUCUUUGCUUAAUCGUCGACCUGCAGGUCAAGCUGAAUCUUACUGCUGUCAAUGUGGUGUAAACCCACCGGAUAAAGGUAUCCCUCAUGCACUCACAUGUAGUGAACGUAAAGCCAAUAACAGCAGCCUAUACUACCCUUUAAUGGAUUGCGAUGAUCAAGGUCAUGGCAACACAAUGUUCCAUUCUGGAGACUCAAAGUCCAAUUGUAGCAUCCAUCUCUACCCUUUAAAUGACUGUAAAAAUGAUGGUUCUCUGGGUUCAAACUACUGCUGUGUGCACAGAUGCAGGAUGGAAACCUACACUGUUUUGUGCCCCAAGAGGCUGCACUGCCUUUCCUGCCAAAGCCUGGCUGUAGGUCCCAUUAACAGCAUUAUGUGUUCAUUUACAUCCGCUCCUACAUUAUCCAAAUCCCCUUCACUGUGCACUCCCUCCUCUAGUUCAUGCCCUUCCUCAUCGAUCUGCUGUAACCCACACACCCCCCACUCUUGUCCCUGUUAUUCGAACCAUGCCUGUCCGUUGCAGGACAGGAGCACAAUAGAAAGAGGGAUAGUUGAUGGGGAUCCUCCUGUCCUGAAAAGAGAGCACAGCCCCUCUCCUCCUCCACUUUCUCCUAUCCCCUCAGACAUCAGUAAGAAAACUGAUGAAACGCCGCCUGCACUCCUUCAACAUAGGCAAGACCAAGAAACUGACACAUCUGUUAAAAAUAAUAUUGUAAAUGCAAGCCAACAGAAAAAAGAGGUGCUUCAGUGCAGUACUCUUAGACGUAGUCAGACUGAGCAGAGCCCAAAUGGGAUUUUGCUGCAGGACGUUGUGAAUCGCUUCAGUGAGAAACUAGAGACAAUCAAACCUCUAGAGAAAGACCCAGCUGCUGUUUCUACAGACUUUAAUGCCUCUGAAAAGGAGAAGCUGCAGUCUCCUUCUACCAGCCAGGACCUGCAGUUUCCUGCUGAUGCCCAUCUCACUGAAAUAAUCACCAAAGUGCUUCACAAAGGCAAUGGCAGUGACUACAAUCUAAGUGAGCUGUUCAAUCGUCAUGAUAGUGAAAAGCCCAAAUCACCCAACACCCGCUCCCGCCGUCGCCAGGAAGUCCUUGCAGCUAUAGCAACACCUGCUGAUGACUCUGCAACCAGAAGACAUUCUUUACAGAGUAAACGGGAGUUGGCCAUGCUUUAUCAGUCCUGCAAUAGAAAAAAGGCUCCACCAGCAAAGAAGGCAAAAUUAAAUAAUGGAAAGGUUACUGUAACUACAACAUACACGUCAUCAGACUCUAGCCUAGUUAAAGGGAAGUCUGAAAGAGAAAUAGAACUGAAACAUUUAGCGAAUCAUAAGGUUGAGGAUAUAUCACUGGGCAUGCUCUCUGCAGAAGUCAAAGAUGAGAUUGAAACUGUUGUAGUAACAGAAGACAUUCUGAUCCUUAAAGCAGAGGAAAAUGAAAGGGAAAUGUCAUGUGAAGAAAAAGAUCUUACUCUCUUCAACACUCAGACACCCACAACCGAACUGCAAACAUAUGGCAAAGAACUCUCCAAGGGUCAUGGCACACAAAGACUACCACGGAUAAUGACAGUGACCACAACCUCAGUAAAACAGUGUGUCGGGCCCUGUAAAGAACAUAGAGAGGUUAAAAGUGCUGGAGGUGAAGAGGACCAUGAAGAAUCCCCAUCAGGUCAAAACCCUGACAGUAAAAAUAGACGAGAUAAAAAUUGCCAUAUUCCGGUUAAAGAGAGGCAGAAAUCAAACCAUUCCAAGGAGGUCAGAAGGUCAAGGAGAAGCAUAGUCCCUCCACAGCGGUUCUCCUCUUUUGUCACAGAGCCCAGGAAGAUGUUCUUUGCUGCAUGUUCCUCUGAUAGCAUCUUUAACCAGGGAACGCAAAAGGACGAUGUUUUGACAUCUAGCACUUUGGAUGAUUCACCCAAAGAUCCAGAUGCUAAAGACACUCAGCUUGAAACAGGAAAUGACCCUCCGCUGUCCUCACCUGAGCAAAUCGGGAAGCUUGCAUUAGAGUCCACGGAGAGAGAACAAUAUGGACCAUCUCACAUAGAGUUAAGAACCAUUACUGCCAAAGACAAGAGUCCUAUUAAACACGGCUUAGAUACUGGAACAGAUGGUAAUGACUUAGCAGUCAACACUUUACGAAUCCUACGAUCACAACCAAGACUUAAGGUCUCAAUGACAGCUUCAAGGAUGCCCAAAAACUCAUCCAGUGGAAAAGAUGUUAUUGCGUCGGUUCCCUGUGUUGAAAAACCUCCCAACUACUCCCAAGUCCAAUACACCAGUCCGAUUAAGCUCAUGUUUGUAUCAGCAGUAAAGGAUAAGGGAGAGGUCAGAUACAGUCUCAAAUCGGCAAGCUCUGGUUCAAAUCCACAGGCAGAAGAAGCCUUUGAUCCAUAUGAAGAGUCUUCAUGGUCAGGUACGCCUGAGAAACAAACAAGCCAGAGUACUGAGUCCCCAACUUCAAAAGUAAAAUCAACUUCUUCACCACUAAAGUCUGCUACCUCACCUGUAAAAUCUGCUUGCUCACCAACCAAGUCGGCUUCUUCACCAGCAAAAUCUGCCCCCUCAACACCCAAAUCAGCUUCUCCACUAAGCAAGUCUGUGUCUUCACCACGCAAUUCUGCCCCCUCAACACCCAAAUCAGCUUCUUCACCAAACAAGUCUGUGUCUCCACCAAGCAAGUCUGCCUCCUCACCCAAGUCAACUUCUUCAUCACCUAAAAUAGGUUCCAGAAGAUCGGGUGAAAGUACACCAACUAAGCGAAUAGCUGGCACUGAGAGCCAGAGAUCCCUGUGUGACUUAUCUUUUCAUGAAACCACUCCUCCAAAAAGGCGUCCAGGCCGGCCAAAAAAGCUGGGACCACAGCUUGAGCAAAAAGUGAAGAGACCAAUUGGGCGACCACGCAAGCAGAAAGCUGUAGAUUCAGAAACUGGGGAAAAAUCAACGAGUGGAAAGAUAGUUUUACCAUCUGAUGCUGAGGAGAAUGCAAACAAGAACCUCAAAAUAACUGUUGUGUAUGGCCGUUCAAGGAGGAACAAGCGAAUGGUGUCCGAGGGCUUUGAACAGCUGCAAACAGAAUUUCAUGAUGCCUCUCAAGCAGUGGGCCUUAAAAGGGACUUGGGCAUUUUAAUGAACAGUUCUAGGACCAGCUCAGGUACAAUCAAAGCCACCUCAACAGAACCGUCAAAGGAUCUGAAGUAUCUCAGCACUGGGAAAGAGUCCCCUCUAAAUAGCAGUAACAUUAAAUGUCAGAAGCAGGAUGAUGCUGUACCCUCAAGGAAACCAGGUAGACCUGCAAAAGUCAAAAUCUCUGGAAUCUCCGUUACAGUAACCACAGUAUCACCUCGACAACGCAAGAUUCAGAUAAAGAGGGACACCAGGCAGUCUCCUAAAACACAAAUUCAUAAGAAAUUAUUUCUGACAGAAUUUAAAUCUGCCAAAGAAUCCAGGACAAUCAGUUAUCAGUCAACAAACCGAAGCAGUCAAACAGAGAAAGGGACAGAAACAAAGAAUGAGAUCAAUGACAAACUGCCAAAUCAGUUGGUACCAGUGCGUCACUCAUUGAGAGUGAGAAAGCCCUCAAUCCACUUUCUGCAUGCUGUUGCCACCUCUACCUCUAGGUCAUACAGCCACAGUAAUGCUCUGCUCCGGCGCUCUAAACAACUUCUGCUUAACAAGGCCAGCAACGAAAAAAGGAAGGAGGAGCAACAGCGCAGUGCUGAAACAUCGGGAGGGAAGAAACAGCUCUUUGGACAAGACAAGAGGAAGAGCAUCUCUCAGAACCUUAGCAGAGUAUCAGAGGUAUCUGUAGACUCAAUCUUCACCCCAAAAGAGACACUAAGAUGGUGGUCAGCAUCUACUGAGGAAAAGACAAUGAACCAUGAGCUUGCCAGGAGAAUACGAUUAAUCUCCGACACCUGGAUCUCAGACGGUGUGGGGAACGAAGAAAAAGAAAUUCCCCUUUAUUCUAAACCAGACAUCAAAGACAACAAUUCAUUUACCACAAAGUCAAAAUGUCCUUCAGCUGUUCGAACGCUGUUUGAUUGUUCUCCUAACAAACCAAGGUCUUGCAGCAUGCAGCAGCUCUCCUCCUGGUUCAUGCAGACCACAGAGACACAGUCCCUGGCUAUUGUCAAAAAGGCAAGCUCACGGAAUAAUGAACCUAGACACUUUCCUCGUUCUACCCAUAACAAAAAUGUUUGCUAUAGCCCUCAAGCAGAACGACUCCGCAAACACAUCAAGAAGUUUGCCAAAACUGUGCCAAAAAGUCCUUUGCAACAUCAACUGGCUCAAAGACGCAUGAGGAAGAAGAAUGAAGCACCUCUGCAAACACGUAGUAUUAGGCGGCAGCUGUUUCUUCCCAGAUUUGCAUCAGACAAGUGCAAACAAGGAGUCCAAUGGCAGCAAAGCCUUGCUUUUAGAAAGUACCAGGCCACUGUAUUUAGGGCAAAGAAAAGGUUCUUAACCCGGAAAGAAAGGGAGAGGUGGCGAAUGAGACAGCGGAAUAAGAAAAACUUGAAAGUCACAAAUUCUUCAAAUGAACAACAAAAACACGAGGCGUUCCGCAGAUUAGCAAAAGACCAGUCUGAUUGUUUGGAGAACAGAUCUGCCAAAAGUUCUGUUGACCAAACUCGGGAGCCUGUGGAUGUACCCAAAGAGCAGAACCUCAGCUCAAAAGCCUGGAGUCCUGAGACAAUUAAGGAAUGUCGAGUGUUUCUGAGGAAGAUCAACUCUCCAGACAACGAAUCCACUGAGGAAGAGUGGGACUCCUGUACUGUGACACUGGAUGAUGGGUCACCCUCUGCAUAUGUAUUUGCAGCGAGGGAGAGAGAGUUAGUAGGAGUUGUUAAAGCUGUGAACACAAAAAGAGUAAGCAUUAAUAGGAGGAAAGCCUCCAGAGACCUGGCCACUAAUGCACCUAAAUCAGUCCAGGAGCAAGGUAGGAUGCCGGCAAGGAGGCGGAAAUGCAAAUACAAAAGUCCAGGAGUUUUGUCUACUGAAUCACCACAGCCACCACCAGCGAAAAUGUUGAGACAAUCGCGAAUGAGGGGUCUAACCGGGCCAAGAUGGUGCGACUUUGUGUUUGAAAACUAAGUGAAGCAUGAGGCCUCCUCCUCCUUCCUGGGAAAAGGACUGUGGUUUAACGUGGUGCCUUUUGACGUUGAGCUGACCACAUGGACUGACCAUCCCACUAUGGUUCAGUCUUACACUCAGCAAUUAUGUAGCAGUCUAACUUAACAAAAGCUUGAUGUUGCACUAUUUUUAUCCAUGGAUAUUUGUGUACAGAAUUUUUUUUUCUUAUUGUCAACUUCGCUUUGUCCUUCUGAACAUUUUUAGAUCAACCCCCCCAUGCCCCAUUAUUAAACCCACCACUUCCCAAAAAAAAUAUUAAUAUGGAACUAGUAGAACAUUUUUAAAUAAUUGUUGCUGUACAACUCUUAAAUAUUCCAUGGAAUUCAGCCUUUAUUUAUAGCUAUCCUUAGUUGGCACUGUAACAAGUCUCUAAUAUAAUAAUUUGUUCCAUAUUUUAGGUUUGCCACACUCACUGCUGUAGUUUGGCAAAUCAGUAGUUUAAAAACAUGCUUUGAAUGAAGGAUUCUUUUUUUUUUUACCCAGUUCCAAUAUGUAUAAGCCCAUAAAACAUAAAAUCCUGUUGAAGUAAUUGGCUUGGACUGCACUAAAAUCACCUGAAGUAUCUAGAAAAGAAUAUUUUCAAAAAUCAGCACAAAACCACAUUAGCACUUAACGUAGAUAUUCUAAAUUACUGUAUAGUCUGCCACAACGAGCCACAACAAUCCACACCCACUAAUGAUACAGCUUGUUAAGUAAUGAAGAAAGGGUCACGAUGCAGUUGUAGAAAGUAGGUUCGGGUUAAUCUUUGGUCUGUGGGAUCGGACUCGUUUUAAUUUAUCUGUGAUUAUGUACACGUUUUCACACAAUGGAAUCUGGGUAAUGUCCAGAGAUUUGGGGUCCGACAUAAGCAUCCUGUGGUUGUGUCACCAAGGCAACGGGACGUCGUCCCCCGUUCACAACAGCAGGAGAAUGUCUUUGUGAUUGUGUCAGAUCUUCUUGCACUAUUCCAUCUGAGAUUAUUAAUCCCACUACAUGGACACCUUACCCAUAUUUUUGCACAUCCCACGUCCCACAACCAAACCCCUACUGUAAAAACAAGAGAAUUUAUUCGGUGCAAUACAAACCCAGAUGAUUUAUCAGUAUGUAGUAAUUAUUUUUAUUGCUGACAGAUGAAUGGAUGUAAACACAUACCGAUGGCCUGGGAUGUUACUUCACUUGUCAUGCCCCCCCCUCACCCCCUUUUUUUUUCUUCUCCUGCUAAACAGAAUAUAACAGAUCCUUGUUUGUUUUAAUAGCAUUAAAGAGUUUUUUCUCUCUCUCUAUCAUAAACAUAAGAGCAUUAUUUACUGUAUAAACGCAGGUGGGCGACGUUGCUAUUGAGGUUUCCAUGGAGUUCCUGUUUUUUGUUUGUUUUCAAGAUGCAGCAAGAGAUGCCUACCUCCAGUGGGGCUCAGCUAGGCCUACUGCUCUUUUGCUUAUCAACACCGUGAGAGACAUGAAGCCAGAGUCGAUCGGUAAACACUAAUCUUGAGUCAAUAACGCUUUUGAUUCGAGGUGUCUGGCUGUAGGUCAAAACUUAAACCCUGUAGUGUGUUUUGUGUGCCUGACUACCCUUGUAUGUCUGUCACUAUGGUUUGCCAUUUCAACAGGAGGCGGGGUGGCUCAGUGUUACCCUCUGUUGAAGAACCUGGUGCUAAACAUUUGUUGUACAUUUUCUUUAUCACAUGUUUUUAUACGUCCAUAACAGAUGCACAUGUCUGUAAUUGAAACAAUAAAGUCUUCUAAAAUAA